AUGAGUAGCAAGAAUUGCGCGAACUUAAAUGCCGCCAAAGAAAGGGCCGAGUUGGAUAAACUGGAUCAGUGCAUGAUUGAUCUAAGAUCGCAGAUUAGGGAAGCCGAGGAAUGCCUGGAUGAGCUGAAAUGCGAGACGAAGAACUUGAAGGAAAAAAUCUGCGAGGCUAUAGCCAUUAAUAACAGUUGCAAGAAGGACAUUGAGGAUUUGAAGGCAUGCAAUGGCAAGUUACGCAAACAGAAAAAUGAGCUGAAGGACAAAAUUUGCAAGAUUACAACAAUGGUUGACUGUCUUAAGGAAAGGGAGGAAGAGGACGUUUUAGAUUGCGAUAACCUCAGUCUGUCCUCCUAG